AGCCAAAAUAAAUUUAGGUGGAGGCUGGUAAAGCGAGAGAGAGAGAGAGAGAGAGAGCCAAAGAGCCAAAGUUGUGUUUGAGCUCUCCCGGAUUUCCACCUGACUGCUCGGGACGCGGGAUAUUGGGUACAAGCAAAAUGUUGAGUUUGGGGAGCGGAGGAGCGAAAUCUACUAAGCCGUCAUUUGUGUCCUAUGUUACGCCUGAGGAAAUAAAAUUGGAGAAAGAGCCACCAAAAAAAGAAAAACAUCCUGAUUUGCUACCAGGAGAAGUGGUGUUCUGCAGUGCCAACCCCAUCCUCAAAUACACUCAAGAUGACCUCUCCCAGCGUGGCGUCUUUGGCACUUUGUUCUGCACCAAUUUCCGUGUCACGUUCAUUAGCGAUGAGAUGUCGCAGGAGGAGACCGACAGGAACUUCAAGAACAAACUUUAUGGUGAAAAUGACAUUCCAUUAACGUGUGUGGAUCACAUCUAUGGUGUGUACGAUGAAAAGAGGAAGUUGAUAACAGGAGGGCUCGUGAAGAACAAAUACCCGUCAAAAAUGAUCAUUCACUGUAAAGACCUGCGAGUGUUUCAGUUCUGUUUAACAUACACCAAUGAGGAAGACGCCAAGAAGAUCUUUCAAGGUAUUAUACAUCAUUGUUUGGAGGAGAAAUCUCUUAAGUGUCUCUUUGCUUUUUCAUAUGAGGGAACAACCAGCCCAGACAUGCAGAGGAAACAGGACACAAUCUUAUUCGACUCACCAAAGGACUGGACCGAGGAGAUGAAACGGACCAAAACGAAAUGUAGAUUGGUCACUGAAAAUGAGAACUUUGACCUCUCUCAGAAGUUACCAAAGUACUUUGUCAUUCCAUCAGUUAUAGAUGAUUUGUCCAGCCACCAAGGAAAGGGAUUACCAAUCUGGUGCUGGUCUCAUCACAGUGGAUGUUCCAUGUUCAAAGCAUCUUUCCUGCCUGUGGCACAGGACGAUGGGGAUUUCCAAAACCACUUGGAUACAAUGAUAAAUGCAGUAGCACAUAAUUAUCUGUAUUCUGUAAAAACAGAAGAUCUCACAGAAUCACUUCCUACUAUACAAGACAUCCAACAGUCGUAUAACAAGUUCAAACAGUUCUUUCUUAUAGAUAAUGCAACAGAAUUUUGGUUGUCAGAUGUGAAGUGGUUCUCUUCCAUUGAAAGCUCUGGUUGGCUAGACAUCAUCAGACAAUGUCUUCAGAAAGCAGUAGAGGUGGUUGAAUGUCUUGAGAAAGACAACACAAACGUUCUCAUAACAGAGGUAGAGGGCACAGAUCUUUGCUGUCUGAUUUCCAGUCUUGCUCAGAUAAUGCUGGACCCUUAUUACAGAACACUCACGGGUUUCCAGAGCCUGGUGCAGAAAGAGUGGGUGGCUGGUUGCCAUGCCUUCCUGGAUCGAUGUAAUCACCUCCACCAGAAAGAUAAAGAUUGUCAGUCUCCGGUCUUCCUCCUGUUUCUCGAGUGUGUGUGGCAGCUUGUUCAGCAGCACGUCCCGGCCUUCCAGUUCUCUGAGACUUACCUGACUGUGCUGUCCGACAGUGUUCAUGUGCCUGUGUUCAGCACUUUCCUCUUCAACUCUGGAUAUCACAGGGAAAGUUUUAUGAAGGUUGAGUCACCGCUAGCACAAAGCGGCCCAUUGAGCUGCCCUUCAGUGUGGGACUGGUCUCUACAGUUUGACAGCAAGGCCCAGAAUUUCUUCCUUAACCCCCUGUACACCGAGAAAGUGAAACAAACUGUGCGCAAACCUCACAAGCACAAGCACCAAAGACAGUUAUCCUUACCAAGCACAGCCUUUAAAAGCCCAACCAAGAAAGGCUUCUUCAAAGAGGAGACCGAUAGUCUUAAAAAGAUAUUACGAGUUAAACGAAUCAGUCGCUGGAUGGGGUCUCCUGACUCCCCCGUCGCGGCCACCUGGGAGUUCUACGAGUCCUGGCGGCGGCGUCCUCUGGACUAUCACGGCCUCCUGCUCCCCUGUUUGGAUGGACCGGCUAUCCGCCUUUGGAUGCAGCGCUACCUUCGCUGGAUACCUGAGGUGCACAUCAUGGGCGGUGGAUCCGUGGCCAUCACAACCAAACUUAUGGAACUUCUAGCUCAGGUGCAGGAUUUGAAGCGUGUGCUGGAGCAGAGAGACUCAUCGAAAUCUGCUAAACUCGAUAAUCGCACGCACCUUCAGCACAGGCCGCUGUUGUUCGGCUCGGCAGGGCAUAAUUCAUCUUUUCCCUUCGCUUACAGUCGCAAUCGAUCCUUCAAGCCCAUCAUUCCUACAGGUCUACUGCAAAGGAUCGUGCUAACAGACAACCUUGCCAGUCAGGGGGAUGAAGUCAGCGAGUUUGUGAGUUUGGUUUAACAGGGAACAUGCUUUUACAGCAUAUAUUAAACAAUGUUGUUAUGAUUAUUUGAUACAUUUAGGAUAAAGUGGCCUUUUCGGAUCCAUAUGAUGCUUAAAGUGCCUUUGAUGCCAAUCAGAUCUUUUCCAACCAAAUGUGCCAUACUGUAUUCAUGAGCCGUACAUGAUGUAAGCUUACUUUUACUUUCUUUUUUUAUGUUUCUCCAUCUAUAUCUCAAUGGAACAUUACCUAGCAUUUUCCUUUGUAGACCAUCAAACACAGGAACAGGAUGUAUCCCUCAACUUCCAGCUUUUCCACUGUUUUUGAAAAAAACUUUUCAACAACUUUUCAUAGCAAAGUGUUACUUUACAAAUUACCAAGUAAUAUUUAUCACAACGCAUUUGAGUGAAGUUGGUUCUUGUUUCUUUUAAGAUAUAUGUAUGACAACUAGUAGCAGACUCUGGCUGAUAUGUACAAUUUACGUCCCCUGACUUAAACUCCAGACAAGUCAAUGCACUCAGCAGCUUGUACAUUUUCCAUCCAUACGAUUGCAAUGCUGAAAGCUAUAAAGUAACUUAACUUCAGCAUUUCAAUGUGCUCUGUCAGUAAAAGAUCUGAAAGCAUGCAAAAAUACACCUACAGGUAUAUAUAACUGCAUCCGCCUACUUCCGGUUAGAAAUGAAUACAAAUAGGACUUGAACUACUGUGUUCCUAUGUGAUAUAGUGUGUGUAUUCUUAACUGUCCAAGUUGUUUCUUUUCGUACUGCCAAGUGGUUAUUUGCAGUCCCAUGCUUAAAGAAACAGGAAGUGUAAAACAAUACCUGAGAUCCGCCGUGUCUCUAAGACUGGAGGUCUAUUGUGUCAUGUGCACUUUGUAACUGCUGUUUGGCUACAUAGAAAUGUUAUCAAAGAAAUAUCACAAGAGUAUUAAGAAAAAGAUUUCAGACUUUUACUUACACAGCAGGUUGACCAAUGAAAAUAUGCUAUAACUUGAAUUUAUAUUCAUUUUAAAACACAUGUGGUAACUAUAUGGAAAUGUCAUAGUAGAUUGGAAGCAUUUCAUGUCAUACUGUAUAUUUGUGUCUGCAGAACUACUGUCACAAACAAACAACAAGCACUUCAGUCAUGAAUGCUGUUGUUUACUGCCUGGUAUUGUUCAGCCUCUGUAAUGUAUGUAAACUAAUGCAUGCUUCUUAGGCAUAGUUCACCCAAGAAUGAAAAUUCUAUCACCAUUUACUCGACCUCUUGUCAUUUCAAAGCUGUAUGACUUUCAUUCUUACACUGAACACAAAAGAAGAUAUUUUGAAGAAUGUUUGUAAGCGAACAACGGUAGCACCGAUUCACCUCCACUGGUUUUGUGUCUGCUGUUGAAAUAUCUUCUGUGUUCAGCGGAAGAAAGUCACAAGAGGGUGACUUAAUAAUGACAGAAUUUUCAUUUUGGGUGAACUAUUACUUUAAAGCACUGAGAAACAUUGUUUCCGGGCCAUUUUGUCUUGUUUACACCUUCAUCCCUGUUUUGCACAACUGCUCUUUGCUAGUCCGUCACUGUUAUUUGAACAGUCAGCUGUUUAAUCUUCAGCUAAAUUCUGUUCCAUUCAGAUGUUUCUUGUGCCUAACAGGUACAAACUAGCUGGAUAAGGUUAUCUGUGUAAUUGCUUUGUAUAAUUUAUAAUGUUGUGAGAGUUUAGUGUUAAAAAACAUUGAAUAUGUGUAGCCUACAUGCUCUGCCUUUUUCAGGAACACUGACUUGCAAUUUCCACCUGAGAAUAACAUUGAAUGUUUAUUUUUGCACUUGAUAUAUGUAACUUCUUUUUCCUCUCAGAAUAGUAAUCCUUGAAUACAAUAAAGGACUCUUCAGUAAAG